GUAGGAGGGUGCCGCAUGCUUACUUCCAGCCCCGGGAAGUCGUCCCUUUGGUGCCCCGGGCGCCCCCAGCAGCGAUGUUCCCGGGCCUAAAAUGCCGUCUCUUCGCCUGUCCGCGGGCGGCUGCAGCGGCUCUUGGCCGUGCGUAUCACGGGGACAAAGUGGCCACUGUGGGUUCUCAGCCCGACGUCGCCUCCCCUCUCUAUCAGGAAAAUUAUGAGCAAAUGAAAGCUUUAGUAACAGAGCUGAAAAGACAAUCUGAAAAAAUUAGAUUAGGUGGUGGAGAGAAGUCACGGAACCUGCACACAUCAAGAGGCAAAUUGUUACCUAGAGAGAGAGUUGACAGACUUAUAGAUCCUGGAUCACCAUUCCUGGAGUUCUCCCAGUUUGCAGGUUAUCAGCUGUAUGGUAAUGAAGAAGUACCAGCAGGAGGCAUUAUUACAGGCAUUGGGCGAGUAUCAGGAGUGGAGUGUUUGAUUAUUGCCAAUGAUGCAACUGUCAAAGGUGGAACCUAUUAUCCAAUUACUAUAAAGAAGCAUUUGCGUGCUCAAGAAAUUGCAAUGCAAAAUCAUCUCCCUUGUGUAUACUUAGUUGAUUCAGGGGGUGCCAACUUGCCUCGCCAGGCAGAAGUGUUUCCUGAUCGUGAUCACUUUGGUAGGAUUUUUUAUAAUCAAGCAGUCAUGUCCUCCCAAAGAAUUCCACAGAUUGCAAUAGUUAUGGGCUCAUGCACAGCUGGAGGGGCUUAUGUCCCAGCAAUGGCUGAUGAAAGUAUAAUCGUUGGCAAGCAAGGAACAAUAUUUUUGGGUGGACCUCCAUUGGUAAAAGCAGCAACUGGGGAACAGGUAUCAGCAGAGGAUCUUGGAGGUGCUGAUCUUCACUGCAGACAAUCUGGCGUAACUGAUCACUAUGCUUUGGAUGAUAAUCAUGCACUCCACUUGGCUAGAAAAGUGGUGAGAAGUUUGAAUUACAAGAAGAAAAUUGAUGUAACAGUAGAACCCUCAGAAGAACCUUUGUUUCCUUCAGAUGAAUUGUACGGCAUAGUUGGAGAGCAGCUUAAAAGAAAUUUUGAUGUCAAAGAGGUCAUUGCUAGAAUUGUUGACGGAAGCAAAUUUGAUGAAUUUAAAGCUUUAUAUGGGGAUACAUUAGUUACAGGAUUCGCUCGGCUGUUUGGUUACCCAGUUGGAAUAAUUGGCAACAAUGGUGUUCUUUUUUCAGAAUCGGCAAAGAAGUGCACACAUUUUAUUCAGCUUUGUUGUCAGAGAAAUAUUCCCAUUAUAUUUUUACAAAACAUCACAGGCUUCAUGGUUGGUAAGGAUUAUGAAGCUGGUGGUAUAGCAAAGGAUGGAGCCAAGAUGGUUACUGCUGUAGCAUGUGCCAGUGUCCCUAAAAUAACAGUUAUUAUUGGAGGCUCCUACGGUGCUGGAAAUUAUGGGAUGUGUGGAAGAGCAUAUAGUCCAAGAUUUCUUUUUAUGUGGCCGAACGCUCGGAUCUCUGUGAUGGGAGGAGAACAAGCUGCAACUGUUUUAGCUACAGUAGCCAGGGACCAAAAAGCAAGGGAAGGGAAACAGUUUUCUGAAGAGGAAGAAAAAGCUCUGAAAAAGCCAAUAAUUCAGAGAUUUGACGAAGAAGGAAACCCUUAUUAUUCUAGUGCACGAUUGUGGGAUGAUGGAAUCAUUGAUCCAGCUGAUACAAGAUUUGUUUUGGGCCUUAGCCUCAGUGCUGCUUUCAAUGCACCCACCAAGAAGACAGACUUUGGCAUAUUCAGAAUGUGAUAUGAAAGGUUUACCAGUUGUACUUUAAAUAAAAAAAUCAAAUGGCCUAACGUAAUCAAGUAACAAAAUAAAGAUUUGUACAGUAAUGCAGUUGGGUUUAAUUUUCAUGGAUCUUAAAAAUAAUUAUUUUAUUAAACCAGGCUCUAACCCAGUUAAAUAGAUACAGUGUCAGUAUUUGUAAUUCAUUCGAUCUCUGAAAAUCAGAUCCAUCAAUUCACAUUAAAUGUAUUAUAUCAAUAGAACAAAAAA